GAAGAUGAAAUGGGGGUUGAGGAAGAGACAACUAAAAGUCGCAGUCGGAAGCGUCAUUCCGAUGGCUCGACCAAGAUUUCCUCCUUUUUCAAGGCGAAUGACUCUCACUCUCGCAAUACCCAUCGCAGCCAAUCCUUCUUUGUUGCCGCUGGUCUCUCUCCAGUGGAGAACCUUUGACACUACCCCUCACCGUUUGAAGACUGUGCAUUUGGCGUUUAAAUGA